UUAGAUACAUAAUUUGCCUGAACAAUAGCAAGCUGAGAUCUGCGACUCCCAAUAAAUAAUUUAUUUUUAUCUUGAUUCAUUUUCUUAUAAAUCAGUAAAUCGCAAAAUUUUAAAAUACAAUUAAAAUAUGGGAAAAAAUACUGAUAAACUAUACGUAACACAUUCUGAAUGGUCAGGAAUAGAUGGACAAUAUAGCACAUCUACUGGAAUUACAAAACGAAAAAUAGAUCAGCCUUUUUAUAAAUUAUCUUUUCAAUACUGUAAUUUAUCGCUACAGCCUUUCGAAAAUCCUGUUUGCUAUAUAAAUGAGGCGAACGAGGCGUUUAUUUUUGAGCUAUUACAUAUAAUUCCUUAUAUAAAAAAACAUAAAAAAAAUCCAAUAACAGGAGAAAGACUUGAAGCAAAAUCCCUUUUGAAAUUAAACUUUCAUAAAAAUGAAGAUGGAGAAUAUUGUUGUCCAAUUACAUAUAAGAUAUUUAAUAACCAUAGUCAUAUUGUUGCAAUAAAAACAUCUGGAAAUGUAUUUUCAUGGGAUGCUGUAAACAAUUUAAACAUUAAAGCUAAAAAUAUGAAAGAGCUAUUAACCAAUGAACCAUUUACAAGAAAUGAUAUAAUUACUAUCCAGGAUCCACAUAAUUUUCAAACACAUGAAAUAUCUAAAUUAGAAGGACUUAAUAAAACUGAAGAUUUUAUCGUAAAAAUCCAAGAAGGUACAAACAAAGAACUAGAAUCUAAUAUAAGCUCUACAAAAAAAAAUAUCACUAAUUCGAAAUCCACAUUUAAUAAUGAACCCACUAUGAAUCUCGUUAUACAAAAUAAAAGAAAUGACUUGUCGGAUACUAAAGAUCUAAAAGACAAUCCAAAAUAUUCUAAACAAAAAGAAAAACAUUCUUAUAAUGUAGCACCAUAUACUACUGGUCUUGCAGCAGCUAGUUUUACCAGUACCUCUCUUACUCCAAUUACUUCUUUAGAAAGAGCUUUAUAUACUGAUGAAGAAUAUAUGUUAAUACCUAAAAGAAUAAAAACAAAAGGUUAUGCUAGAAUUCAAACAAAUUUAGGGAAUAUAAACAUAGAAUUAAAUGCGGAAUGGGCACCCAAAGCUGUUUAUAAUUUUAUUAUGCUUGCGAAACGAGGAGAUUAUAAAAAUGUAAUAUUUCAUAGAAAUAUCAAAAACUUUAUGAUUCAAGGAGGAGAUCCUACAGGUACUGGCAGAGGUGGAAAAUCAUUUUGGGAAAAAGAUUUUAAUGAUGAAAUUCAAGGUCCAUUAAGUCAUAAUCAAAGAGGAAUACUUAGUAUGGCCAACAGAGGGAAAAAUACGAAUUCAUCACAAUUUUUCAUAACUUAUAAAGAAACAAGACAUUUAGAUCGUAAACAUACCAUUUUUGGUAAAGUAGUUGGAGGGAUGGAAACUUUAGAAAAGAUGGAAAAUAGCCCAGUAGAUUCUUUUGAUAAACCUAUUUCGGAUAUAAUAAUGACAGACGUUAUUAUUUUUGUUGAUCCAUUUGAAGAAUUUAAAAAAAUACAGCUUUUGAACGAACAAAAACAAAAGAACACAAAUUCUACAGAAAAUGAUGAUACAACUUGGACAGGAAAAUUUUUAACCACAAAUAAGGAUAUUCAUAAAAGCUCAAUCAUUGGAAAAUAUCUAAAGCAGAAUAACAUAUCAAAUAAAAUAGAUGAAAGAAUUAUAGAAAUAAAUAAUAAACCUGAAAUAUCUGAACCAAAAAAAAAAAAAAGAGGAUUUGGGAAUUUCGAUAACUGGUAAUACUAUGAUUAAAACAUCAAUUAUCCAUUUAUUAACAUUCAAAAUUGAACAUAUAUAUAUAUCAAAUAGAUGCCAAAUAUCCUCGAUUGUUUUUAUCACUAUAAUAUUGAAUAUUAGAUCUACUAAUUGGUUGAGCUUGUUUAGGAAUAAUUUUGAAUUUUUCUGGAUGAAGAUGUGCCCUUAGUCCUAAAGAAUUAUAAUAUACACAAGUAAUCUUCCCUCCGGUGGAUUCAAUUCUUUUAAUAGCUUCUUUCGAAGCUUUUGAAACUUCUAUUUCUAUAGGUAUAUUAAAAAAUUCCUUGCCCUAUAAUAAUUUUAAUAUACAAAAACAUUAAUAAGGAAGAAUACAUUAGCUAGUAACUUAACACCCGACUUUAUUCCAUGAAUAAUAUUAGAAUCGUAAAGGUGUUUCAUGGUAAUAGGCUUUUUUGCAUCUAUUCUUCCAUUAUUAAUCCAUAUUUGUAAACGUUGAAGAUUUAAUGGAGAAAACUCUUUUGAAUUCCUAACAUAAAUAAGCAACUUUCAAAUUAGAAUAACUUGACGCUACACAUUUACAAAUCCACGUUUUGGAUACAAUCUAGUGAGAGGUGUCUGUCCACCUUCAAAUCCAGGUUUAACUCUAUUAUUUCCA